AAGCAUCUGAUUGUGAUGUGUGUAUUCAAAGGAAAGAAAGUAUCCCCAUAAAACUGAAACGGAACGACUAUAUGAGACCCCAUAAGCAAUCUUCGAAAGCAAGUAAUAAAUCAAAAACACAUUUCAAAUCUUUUACAAAUACGGAUAAAUAUCAUCAUCUGGAAUGGACAAAUCAGAUCACAGAAUCUCCGGUUUAUCAUCCUUCAUUGGAGGAUUUCAAGGAUCCAUUCCAGUAUCUUCAAAAAAUUGCAGCACAAGCAUCAAAAUAUGGAAUAUGCAAGAUUGUUCCUCCUAUAACUUCAACUACUCCAACUGGGGUUAUAAUGAUGAAGGAGAAACCAGGUUUCAGAUUCACACCAAAAGUCCAGCCCCUUCGUGUUGCUAAAUGGACUACAAAUAAUGUCAACAACACAUUCUACAUUAGCACAAAAAGCUACAGUCUUCGUGAUUUUGAGGUCAUGGCAAACAGGGCAACUGCUAAUAAAUACUGUUUAUCUGGAUGUCUUCCAUCUGCAUACUUGGAAAAGGAAUUUUGGCAUGCAAUGACACGUGGCAACAAGGGAACAGUUGAAUAUGGAGUCAAUGUAGAUGGCUCUGCGUUCUCAUCUUCCUCUAAUGACCAUCUUGCAAAUACCAAAUGGAACUUGAAGGCCCCACACUUAUCCUUCAUCUCUUUUCUUUCAACACUUUCAUAUAAAUAUGAUCAUGUCAAUAGCAUUUUUGAUGUGUUUUACGUAUCUUUUGGUUUCAGAAACUUCCAAGAUUGCAAAAAUCAGCACUUCAUUGGAUCAAAAACAGUGUUCCAGUAAUCAUACUCUUCUUUAUAUGUGAAUCUUUUCGUUUAUUAUAACCAAAACUUUUUGUUUUCCAUAUGGUUUCAGGGAUUAACUGAUCCGAUGCUGUACAUUGGAAUGCUUUUCAGUAUGUUUGCAUGGCAUGUAGAAGAUCACUAUUUGUAUAGUAUAAAUUAUCAUCACUGUGGUGCACCAAAAACAUGGUAUGGAGUUCCUGGUAGUGCUGCUCAUGAAUUUGAAGAAGCUAUCCAGCAUCAUGUUUACAGUAAACAAAUUAUAUCAAAAAAUGGAGCUUUCGAAUUGCUUGCAGAAAAAACAACCAUGUUUCCUCCAAACAUACUUUUACAGAAUCAUGUCCCGGUUUAUAAACUCGUUCAAUUACCCGGUGAAUUUGUCGUCACUUUUCCUAGAGCAUAUCAUGCGGGCUUCAGUCAUGGAUUCAAUUGUGGGGAGGCUGUAAAUUUUGCAACUCGUGAUUGGUUUCCAUUUGGUGAAGCUGCUAAUGAGAGAUACACACUUCUUAAAAAGCAGCCUGUGAUUCCUUAUGAAGAAAUUCUAUGCAAAGAAGCUAUGCAUCUUUUUCUUUCCUCAAAAAAGGAUGAUAACCCUUUUGUCAAGAUCUCAUUUGCAUCUAUGAUAAGAAAGUACGAUAACGCCCUUACGAGGUUGAAGUCGUUGGAUAAAUCUAUAUGUAUCUCUUCAAAUCUCAAAGAAACUGUUAGCUGUGGUCUCUGUAAACGGGAUUGUUACGUGGCUCAUGUCAACUGUAAAUGUCAUUUUCAUAACAUAUGUGUUUUUCAUGAAAAAGAACUCUCUAAUUGCUCUUGUGGGAGCAACCGUUUUCUUUUUGUGAGAUCGGAUCUACCCAAAAUGAAAGAAGUAGCAAAAAAGUUUGAAGAACAACAACCGAUCAAGAAAGUUGGGAAACAGAAGAACAAUUCUAAAGCUGAUGUGGCAACAUCUGGAAAUAGGACGGGGACUAGGGGUAAACUGGGAAUUUCGUCCAUGUCGAAUAAGCGUACAAGGUCAAGUUGUAGGCUAAAGGAAUUCAAGAAAUGUAAAAAGAGAGCUUCUCAAUGCCACCUUUGUGCCAAAAUUGUCCAUUAACAGACAUAUCAAGUGUAAUUUUCAAAAGAUUACUGCAACCUAGAAUUUUUUUACAGUGGUUGCAAACUGGAUUUAAGUAAAUAUGUUUCUAAUAGCUAUUCAUAUGAUCAUAUCACACAACGAUAGGUAACAUAAGAACCAGUUAUGUUGCUGUUGUAAGUGAUUUUGACAACUUGCUUCUUCUCAAGUCCAUAGUACCUUGCAAUAGCA